GAUAUUGCGGUACACAGCUUCCAUAACAAAAUGGAUUGAACCUCGUCGGCUGGCUGCCUGUUUAAUAGGUCAAGCCUGUGCAUACUACAGUGAGCUACAGAACAGAGCUAUGGACACACCAAACAAUCCUAAGGCGAUAACCAGCGCAAUGGCCGACCAGGUCCAUUUUAACGUUGGCGGGACGAGAUUCUCUACCACCUGGGCCACUCUGCAAAGAAUCCCUAAUUCCAAACUUGGCCGACUACAGGAAAGUGGCAAGGAGAUACAACAGGAGCACGGGGAAUUCUUCUUUGACAGGAACCCUGCUGUAUUUGGCUGCGUGUUAGAUUUCUACAGAAAUGGUGUCCUGCAUCUGCCGGAAACAGUUUGUGGACGACAGAUUCGAGAUGAAUUAGGAUUCUGGGAUAUAUCAGCUGGCCUCGUUUCCAGUUGUUGUUGGCGGGUUCUGUACAAGGAUGAUGGAGUUGACAAGACAAUGGCGUUUCUAGACAUGGAGCUGCCCGUCUUUCCUAACAGUAUGCAGCUAUUUCAGAAGGCUGAGAAGAUGUCUUCCACGAUCUGGAACCUCCUGGAAUACCCAUCAUCAUCAAUGAUGGCUAAGGGGUACAUGCUGUUCUACUUCGUUUGUGUCCUGUUGUCAGUAAUCCCUGACAUGGUGGAUAUUGGAUUCUUACACAUCCUCAACCUUACCAAUUUGGUGUUUCUUCUGGACAUCCUGAUCCGCUUCGUCAUGUCGCCAAACAAAGUACGAUUCAUCUUCAGCGUCAUCAACAUUCUGGACAUCCUCGCUCUCAUGGCUUGCGUCGCAACACUUAUAGUAAGCAUUGUGGAAUUGAUAUUCCCCAAUAUUCAUCUCUCCGUCCAGGCACUCGGGGUAGUUCAGAUGUUUAAGUAUGUCCGGUUCUAUCGCGUGAUGAAGGCCAACCGCGCCCUCGCUUUACUCCUCCUUGCGGUGUAUAAGAGUAAGCGAGCGUUGUUGCUAUAUGUAUCGAUAAUGAUCGUAAAUUGUGUCUUUUUCGGAAUCCUUGCUUUCGGGUUUGACAGCACAUCUGAGUACACCUCCUUAAACGAUGUUCCGUCGUCCAUUUACUGGGCAUUGGUUACCAUGACAACCAUUGGCUAUGGAGACAUUUGCCCUAUUACGAUAGCUGGUAAGGUUAUUGCUGUCCUCUGUGGAAUAAGUGGACUGAUCCUACUUCCACUUCCCAUUUCAGCCGUUUAUCAAACAUUUAGCACGCUCUACUCACGUAACCGAGACCGCGAACGACACGUGACCGAUCUUCAUCCGAAUCAGUUGGCUGCAGUUCCCUUUCACCAGCCAACAAAAGUUAUUUGAUUUGACCAAACAAAAGAGGAAGUUUGGUGUAUGCAACGGAAGAGAUGAGAUGAUGUGUCUAUCUCUAAGAAUUUGUACAUUUUUAUAUGAUACCUAACCGUAUAGCUGGCUAUUUUCACGGGUCUAUAUUUUCGCCAUUUUUACUUAGAUUUACACAACUUUAAUUUUCGCGAUCCAGCUUACCUGUAUGCGUCAAUUAUGUUCGGUUUCCUCUUAUUUUAAUAUGUAAUCUUCUUUGUCUUACAUUAAAGUUUAACAAGUCAAUUUACAAACAAUGCUUUCUUAACAAUCAUUCUUGUCUAUAUACCAAAAGCUAAGAGAUAUAAUUCAAUAUGAACAUGCUUGCUAGUGACGAUGCUGAUAUAGUCGUUUAUAUCGCGGAUAAUAUUUGCGCUUGUCAUAUUAUCACACGGAUAAAAUUUUCGCGAUCACGUUUAUGGCCCGCGAAUUAGCGAAAAUAUCAUCCCCGCGGAAAUAGCCGGCUAUACGGUAGUAGUUAUUUUUUCUGUGCCUUUCUAGAAUACAUCAAAAAUAUUCUUCUGUAGUUCAAUGCCCGAGAAAGAAUAUCUUUAUUUGUGUAGAAAUGUCAUGUAGAGAAUAACUAUUUAUGUAUAUUUUUGGCCAGAUUACGAGUAAAUAUUAUAUUUGUGAGAUGACAAGUAUUACAAAGUAUAAUAAAACAUACUUGGUUGACAGAUUUAUUAUAUUUCGCGUCUUUAAUGACAAUGACAAUGACAAUAUUUUAUUCUCAUAAACAUAUAAACGAAUGCACCAAACGAAUUAUAUCAGCCUUAAUGACAAUUAGUGUGGCCGUGGCGUAUAUCUCUAUCAACUUUUUUCCCAUCACUACGCUUGUUUCACAACUAAUAUGGCACGUGAUAAAAUUGGUAACGGUGUGUUAUUAUAUUUACACAUUUGUAGGUAAAGAAGUUGUUUAUCAUGUUUAUCGAACUCGUUAGUUAAUUUUCAGAUUUAAAAGACACCAGCUAAAGCUUGAAAAUUACCUAAGUCGAGUUCGAUAAACAUGAUAAAUAACCGUCACUUGUUGGGGAACCUCUAUAUACAUGUAUCUCCACCACAACAGUUUAGCGACCUCGAUAUACAUUGUGUUUUACUUUGUUGUUGACGUCGCCGUUUUUUAUUAUUUAUUUGUCUACGUAAUGUUUCAAUAUGUUUGAUAAAAUGCUGGUCCCAUUAAUCACUUACCAUUAGAUAGUUCGUCAGUUCCCUCAGAAAGUCCACGGAUGUAUAUAACGGGUCUUAAAUACAUUCUCACGAUUCCCCAAGGAAGGUCCAUAGAGGUCUGUAAUCCAUUUCCACGAGUCCCCAAGGAAGGUCCAUAGAGGUCUAUAAUUGGUAAAAAUGUAAAACACGAAAAGUUGUUAGGAGUAUCAGUUGAUGAUUGUAUGUCCUGGGAUUACCAGUUCUCAAUAGUAUGUAGAAAAAUCUCAUGUCAAAUUUUUCAAAUGAAAAAGAUAAAACCAUUUUUAAGCCAGACUUCCUGUAUUACGUUUUUAACUGUUUUAUCAAUCCUCAUAUUGACUACUGUGCUACUCUCUGCGGCAACAGUUCAAAAAAGAAUAUUGUUAAGUUGGAGCGCCUUCAGAAGAGAGCAGCCAGAAUUAUUUUAAAUUGUGACUUUUUAACUCCAUCUAAUGACAUGUUUAAAAUACUAAGAUGGCUGCCUUUUUAGCAAAAGGAUUUUAUAUAGUCAGUCUGUUUUUAUGUACAAGAUACUUAACGAUCUAGCUCCACAAAAUUUAAAUUGCUUUACUAGCAUAUCUGAUGUCCAUUGUAGGUCUACCAGAUUCUCAAACACAAAUGUUUUUUACUUACCAUCUCACCAUACAAAUACUUUCAAAAGUCUUUUAAAUAUCAAGGAGCUCAUACAUGGAAUCUUUUACCAAGUAAUGUGAGAAACUGUUCAACACUUUUAUCUUUUAAGAAAGCAGCAAAGACUUUUUUAUGGAGUAAUCUGUAAUCUUGCCGUAGUUGUACUUUUAUCCUUUACAUUAAAUGACGGCUCCAAAAUUAUGUUAAAUCAUAUGUUAUAGUAUUAUUCUUUUAUAUGUUGUAAAUAUUGUAUAUUCUAUUACUUAUCUUGACCAUGUGUAAGACGAGCUUUUAAGCUCAACAUGUUAUCAAGUAUAAAUAAAGACCAUUAUUAUUAUUAUAUUGCACAGCAUAACACCCGAUACUUGAUUCAGUUUUAAUUUGACUUUUUGCUGUAUCCACGUCUUCAAUUGAGUAGCUCUAUCCUCUCUAACCCCUUCGCUCUUCCUUUUCGACAUCCCGUAAGAACAAUUAAGUUUCCAUUCCCAGACGCGAUUGGUCUGUCCAUGCCGUCUACGAGAGUCCCCCUUUCGUGUUCAUGGUGUACUCUACUCCUUCUACUUAUCCCCUCUUUUCUCUGUCCAGAUGAGUUAUCUUCAUCCCUGUACGAAAGAGCUCUCACGUUUACCACCUCAGCGACCUCCCUUAAGGGUUUCCGUUCUACUUCAAUUGGAGUUCCUCUUUCCCCGCCCAAAGUUGUCUUGCCACUCGAUCUACGGAAGUUCCUCUUUCCCCGCCCAAAGUUGUCUUUCCACUCGAUCUACGGGAGUUCCUCUUUCCCCGCCCAAAGUUGUCUUUCCACUCGAUCUACGGGAGUUCCUCUUUCCCCGCCCAAAGUUGUCUUUCCACUCGAUCUACGGGAGUUCCUCUUUCCCCGCCCAAAGUUGUCUUUCCACUCGAUCAUCAGGAGUUCCUCUUUCCCCGCCCAAAGUUGUCUUUCCAUUCGAUCUACGGAAGUUCCUCUUUCCCCGCCCAAAGUUGUCUUUCCACUCGGUCUACGGGAGUUCCUCUUUCCCCGCCCAAAGUUGUCUUUCCAUUCGAUCUACGGGAGUUCCUCUUUCCCCGCCCAAAGUUGUCUUUCCACUCGGUCUACGGGAGUUCCUCUUUCCCCACCCUAAGUUGUCUUUCCACUCGGUCCACGGGAGUUCCUCUUUCCCCGUUUAUAGCUGGUCUACCUACUCUGUCUGUGGGAGUUUCCCAUUGCUGUCCAUGGUGUCCUCCACUCCGUCUACGCCAGUUUCCCUUCACCAUCUACAAGGGAAGUUUCCUUGUCCAGGAGAAGUGCAGCUCUCGCCUCCAUCUCAUUAGCAACCCCUCGUAAGGGAUACUGUUCUCUCUAAAGUGAUGUUCACUUACAGGGUACACAAAAUAUACUAAACGUCAUCUUAUUGGACAUGUGAUACACGUUACUGAACGUACCGGGUAAUUGAUCACUUAUUUGUAAAUACCAACUAAUCUAUUCACUUUACUGGUAUCAAUGUGUAUCUUAUUUUAUAAUUUGUAUUUCGCGCCUCUUUUGUAUGUGCGUUUGUAUAUGCCUAUGUUAAUAAAUAUAAUAAUAAAUAUUGUGGUUUAAA